UAGGGUUAACGUUUAUUAUUUGUUUUCAAAAUGCUGCAAACAAAUCGAGUCCUUCAAAAAGAGCAGGCUGAACUAUUUGCUAUCCAGAAGAAACUCGACCGAGUGCUCCCCGUCAUUCAGGAGGCAUUAAACUCACUAAAGGUAGAGGAGCUGCAUCUUAAAUCUCAGUUGGUGGGCCAGCAGAACCCAAAAACGCAGUGCUCCCCUGGAAGGGAUCCCCUCCACAUAGAUCUGUCGGUGGAACAGUCCCCAAUCACAACUGUGAUGGAGUCCCAGCUCGUCAACAGCCAGCAAAUAGACCUGGAUCUCGUAAGCCAAAUGAGGCAUUAUGAGGAGGAAGUCGACUCGGAUUGAAAUUGUUAUUAAGGCUGGAACUUCACCAGAAAACGUACAUGUUGGGUGCAUAAAAAUAUAGACAAUAUAGUACAAAAA